AUGUCCUCAUACAAUUUCUCAACAAGAGCUGUCCACGUUGGUAGCUCUCCAGAUCCAACAACUGGUGCUGUUAUCCCAGCCAUCUCUUUAAGUACAACUUUUGCUCAAACCGCCCCAGGUAAACCAAUUGGUGAAUUCGAAUACUCAAGAUCAUCAAACCCAAACAGAGCCAACUUGGAACAAGUCUUAGCUUCUUUAGAAAAUGGUAAAUAUGGUUUAGCCUUCAGUUCAGGUUCCGCUGUUACUGCAACCAUUUUACAAAGUUUACCAAUUGGUUCUCAUGCUAUCUCUGUUGGUGAUGUUUACGGUGGUACUCACAGAUAUUUCACAAAAGUUGCAAACACUCAUGGUAUAACUACUGAAUUUGCUCAUGACAUCGUUAAUGAUUUACCAAACUUAAUCAAAAAAGAUACCAAAUUAGUUUGGAUUGAAUCACCAUCAAACCCAACUUUAUCAAUCACUGAUAUUGCCAAAGUUAAAGAAGUUAUUUCAAAAUCUUCAAACCCAGAUAUCGUCUUGGUUGUUGAUAACACUUUCUUAUCUCCAUACAUUUCAAACCCAUUGAAUUUCGGUGCUGAUAUUGUUGUUCAUUCAGCUACCAAAUUCAUCAAUGGUCAUUCAGAUGUUGUCUUGGGUGUUGCAGUUACAAACAGUGAAGAUAUCUAUCAAAAAUUAACCUUUUUACAAAAUGCCUUAGGUGCUAUUCCAUCUCCAUUUGAUUCAUGGUUAGCUCAUAGAGGUGUUAAAACUUUAGCUUUAAGAGUUAAACAAGCCGCCACAUCUGCUCAAAAAAUUGCAGAAUUCUUAUCAACUUCUCCAAAUGUUGUUGCUGUUAACUAUCCAGGUUUACCAACCCAUAAAGGUUAUGAAAUUGUUCAAAAACAACAUCGUGAUUCUUUAGGUGGUGGUGUUAUCUCAUUCAGAGUUAAAGGUGGUCAAGAUGCUGCUUCAAAAUUCACUCAAAACACUAAAUUAUUCACUUUAGCUGAAAGUUUGGGUGGUAUUGAAUCCUUAUUAGAAGUUCCAGCUAUUAUGACCCAUGGUGGUAUUCCAGUUGCUGAAAGAGAAAAAUCUGGUGUUUUCGAUGAUUUGGUUAGAUUAAGUGUUGGUAUUGAAGAUACUGAAGAUUUGAUCCAAGAUAUUAAACAAGCUUUAGAAGCUUCCACUUAA